AUGCCCCACGGAACCAAAGACCACCCUUCAACCCCCCUCCUCCAAACCCUCACCUUAACCCUCAUCUCCCUCAUCCUCGGCCAAAAAAUCUCCUACCUAAUCCUAACAAUUCUCCUGGGCACCUGGACCCGCGACAAACUCGUCCUCUACAAAGCCGUGCUGGAGAAACGCACCGCCGCCCGCGCCGAGCAAGUCCGUCAGCAACGCCUACGCGAUAUCAACUUUAUCUCCGCGCAGUUGGGGAAGAGGGUUAUCGAUGCACUCAAUUCGAGUUCGAGUACGAAUACGGCUGAGGGGAGGAAUGUUCUUGAGGCCUUGAAGAGUCAGCAGAGUGAUAUUGUUGAGAAGGCUUCUUCGGGGGGUUGGGAGGAUUAUUAUCGGGACCAAAGUGGCAGUCAGGGCUUGGAUCAGUUGUUGAAGGGAACGAGUAAACCCAAGCUGAACGGUCUUGAGAAGAAUCAGAUUCAGUAUAACUAUGUUUCUGUUGAUCGCUUUGCGAACCUGUCGCCGCCUGCGUCGCCUAAGUUGGAGGUUGUGGCUGCGCCUGUUGUUGUUGCUGCUGGUUAUAAGUAA